AUGGUGAGAUUUGAGAGAAAUGCGCGAUACGCAGCAACCAUCCUCGCCCACCUCCCCACGCCCACAUCCCUCCCGCACAACUUCAACGCCCACGUCAACACCAUCAUCGGAGCACUAUGGACGCACCUCUCGCCCCUCCUCUCCCUAGUCCACCCACCUCCCUCAACUCCCUCCCCUUCCUCCACACCACCCCCCACCCCCGCUCCUUCACUCAGCUCCGUCUUCCCCGAACUCCGCCGCCUCACCGUUUCCGCCGGCCUCCUCUCCCUGCACAUGCACCUCGAUCCGCACACAGCAUACCACCACGUCCCGCUCUUCAAAGAAGAUAACUACGAUUCCUCUAUUAUGGAAUGUUGGAACGACGCAUCCAUGCGCCAACGUAAUAUGCGGAACAAGUACGAAGACGUAGAGGAGGAUGAGCAGAAGCGGCGUGAUGCGUUGAGUGAAACGGAGAAGAAGCGUGCGGGGGGUGAUACGGCGUUGACGCAAAUCUUAUGUUUUAACGGGGUGACUGCGUAUCGGAAAGGUGGGUGGGAGGUUGGUUCGUCUACGCUCAGCGAUCCUGUUUACGAGAAGAGGGAGUGGAGGGAUAUGGGGGUGAGGGUGAGGGUGCUUACGCAGGGGUUGGUGUAUUGUCGUUGGGGACGGGCGCUCAGUUCGCAAAAGACUGCUGAGAUGGAUAAUGAGACGGGGAAGAAGGUACAUGGGGAUGCGUGGAGAGGGGGUGGUUUUAUGCAGUUUACGGAGGUGGAGGGUGUGUUUGAUUGGUUGGGGGCGGAGAGGGAGGAGAAGGCGGAAGCGAGGAAGGCUGUUUUGGAGAGGUUGGUUGGGAGGAGGAAUGCUGGUGCGGCUGCUGAGGAGACGGUGGUGCAGGUUGAAGGAGUUAAGAAGAAGGGGAAGGGGAGGAGGAAGCCGCGUGAGGAGAUUAGGGACUUUGAUCCGGAUCGUUGA